AGACCGGUAGGAAGCCUAUGCGGGAGGACGGCCGACCGAUUGUUUGCCCGAAUGGCAUUCUUAAGCGGAACAUUCGAAAGCUCUCAAGCAGGGGGGACAGGCGCGGUGAAUUUUUGAAGUUGGAGGAAAGAUUCGUUUAUACAUGCACGCAGUACUAGCUAUUCACAGUCAGUUGUCAUUUCUUCCCGACUAUUAACCAUCAUCUUUGUGGACAACUUUGACCCAAAGUAUAGAUUUACAAUCAUUCAAUUCGCAUAGAACAAAUCGACAACAUGACGGCAAUCGCAUCGGCAAGCAAACAGCGUGAAUUCGAUGUAGCCAUCGUAGGAGCCGGAAUUGUCGGAUCAGCAUUGGCAUACGGUCUUGGACGAUCAGGCAGAAAGGUUGCUCUGUUUGAACGUGAUAUGACAGAACCAGAUCGAAUCGUUGGAGAAUUACUACAACCCGGUGGUGUACGUGCAUUAUAUAAACUCGACUUGAUCGAUUGUUUACGCGAUAUUGAUGCCGUACCCGUAGAAGGUUAUCAUGUCUUCUAUGGACCGAAAAGUGUCCCGAUCCCAUAUCCACAAGAACAAUCUGAUGGAAGAUGGGGAAAAGGAAUCGAAGGAAAAAGUGGAAAGGUCGAAGGCAGAAGUUUCCAUCAUGGAAGAUUUGUACAGAAGUUGCGUAACGCAGCCAUCGCCCAACCAAAUGUCACCAUACUCGAAUCAACGGUACGUGAAUUGAUCGAAGACAAGCAGGGAAACAAUGUCGGAGUAAUCGCAACUGCAAAAGACACAAACGAAGAGCUGCACAUUCGUGCACCUUUGACAAUCGUUGCAGAUGGUUGUUUCUCCAAAUUCAGAAGGACACAUGGUUCAACAAUUGCUCCGACCGUUCGAUCCAACUUUGUGGCGCUCGAGCUAGAGCAUGCCCCUCUACCUUCUCCACAUCAUGGACAUGUUGUCUUGGGGCCAUCAGGACCUACGCUUCUCUACCAGAUCUCAACGGAACAUACUCGUAUCCUGAUGGACAUUUCCGGUGAAAAGCUCCCCUCUGCAGGUAAAGGAGAUCUUCAACGCCAUAUCCAAAACCGCGUUAUUCCCUACUUGCCCGAAGCUUUGCAGCCUUGCGUAUCGAAAGAACUCAACAAAGGGCAACGACUACGAAGUAUGCCUAAUUCCUUCUUGCCACCAAGCAUGCAAGGUCAAAACAAACAUAGACGUGGGAUCGUAUUGGUGGGAGAUGCGAUGAACAUGAGACAUCCAUUGACCGGAGGAGGAAUGACAGUUGGUCUAUGGGAUGCAGUGCAUCUGACAAACGAACUUGGAGGUGCUGCAUGGAAACCUGAAGACGAGUAUUACGGUCAAACGGUUAAGGAUUUGCAUGAUUGGAACUCUCUCAAACCUGCAUUGCGCGAAUGGCACUGGCGUAGGAAAGGGCUUGCAAGUGUGAUCAACAUCUUGGCACAAGCACUGUACAGUCUCUUUGGCGCCGAUGAUGAAAACUUGGAAGUGUUACGAGAAGGAUGUUUCAAGUACUUUGAGCUUGGAGGUGAAUGCGUUGGUGGACCGGUCAGUUUGUUGUCAGGUUUGGCGCCACAACCAUUUUUGCUCUUUUAUCACUUUUUCUCCGUUGCACUUUACAGUAUCUAUGCCUUGUUCAUGCAUCCACGUAAAGAUCCAAAAACGGGCAAAAUGCAUACACCAGGCUUUUUGGAAUAUCCUGGCUUGGUAUUGAGAUCGAUUGCGGUCUUUUACACAGCCUGCGUUGUUCUACUGCCGGUCGUCUUCACCGAAAUGAGAAGUAAUAUCCCCGCUUUUGCCGGUCGAGCAAAAGAGAUGCCUGCUGCUACAGCUGGAAAGGACGGCAAGAAUAGUGCAGCUUCUUGGCUGAACUCGAUACCGAUCAUUGGACCGCACAUCAAUUCAACUACUAUCCGGGCAAGCAGGCAGACCUGGUUCUGGAAUCCGGGAGAUCGUAUUUCCAGGUAG